AAUCAGCACAACAAAUUAAAAUAGGCUUGCAAAUCUUCAGAAUAUCAUGGAGUUUUACGAUUUCAUGGGAGUUGGGAAUUCAAAUAAUGCAUCUAGUAGCAGGGCUGCUGCUUUCAAGUACUUCAGCUGCUGCAUCAAGUUCAGGUGCUACCCAGGCAUCAUCUUUCAGGAAAGUGGUGACCAUGGAGGAUGUUGGUGUACUUAAAAACCGAAUGUUUUUGUAUAAAGAGGAUGUGGACACUCAUAUUGUUCCUCAUUUGAAGAAAGAGGAGAAGCGAAUUCUGCGUAGGGGCAAGAAAUCUCUAGACAUUUGGGUUAUUGACAAAUAUGGCACUUGUUACGCAAUGGGGUUAAUAUUCAUGAACCCUCACUAUCAUCUUCUCGGAGCUGCACCUCUAGUUUUAGGAAAGAACUUUCAAGGGAAUCAGGUGAUUGAAAUUAGUCUAUACAUUUCUUACUAAUAUUUGGAAAAAGGAUACUGAUUAGUACACUAUUUGAUUUAAUAUAGUAUAUAAAAUACU